GAGCUCCGGAGCCUAGCAGCCUGGCAACAGCGGUGGCUCCUGGAGCAAGAGUUUCCAGGAUGGCUUCUGCAUCAAAAUCUAAGUAUAAUUCACACCCCUUGGAGAAUGAAUCCAUUAACAUGGUAUCUCAAGAUGGAGUCAGUCAAGAUCUCAGUGAGAAUGUUCCUCACCUCCCAGGGGAAAGAGGAAUUACUGACAAAGAAGUUAUUUACAUAUGUCCUUUCAAUGGUCCCAUUAAGGGAAGAGUUUACAUCACAAAUUAUCGUCUUUAUUUAAGAAGUUUGGAAAUGGAUUCUGCUCUAAUACUUGAUGUUCCUCUGGGUGUGAUAUCAAGAAUUGAAAAAAUGGGAGGCGCUACAAGUAGAGGAGAAAAUUCCUAUGGUCUAGAUAUUACUUGUAAAGAUUUGAGAAACCUGAGGUUCGCAUUGAAGCAGGAAGGCCACAGCAGAAGAGAUAUGUUUGAGAUCCUCACAAAACAUGCCUUUCCUCUGGCACACAAUCUGCCAUUAUUUGCAUUUGAAAAUGAAGAGAAGUUUAAUGUGGAUGGGUGGACUGUUUAUAAUCCAGUUGAAGAGUACAGAAGGCAGGGCCUGCCCAAUCACCAUUGGAGGAUAACUUUUAUUAAUAAGUUCUAUGAACUCUGUGACACAUACCCUGCUCUUUUGGUGGUUCCCUAUCGGGCCUCAGAUGAUGACCUCAGGAGAGUUGCAACUUUUAGAUCCCGAAAUCGGAUUCCUGUACUAUCGUGGAUUCAUCCAGAAAACAAGAUGGUCAUUAUGCGCUGCAGUCAGCCUCUUGUCGGCAUGAGUGGUAAAAAGAACAAGGAUGAUGAGAGAUAUCUGGAUGUAAUCAGGGAAACUAACCGACAAACUUCUAAGCUCACGAUUUUUGAUGCACGACCCAGUGUAAAUGCAGUGGCCAACAAGGCAACAGGAGGAGGAUAUGAAAGUGAUGAUGCAUAUCAUAACACGGAACUUUCUUUCUUAGACAUUCAUAAUAUUCAUGUUAUGCGUGAAUCUUUAAAAAAAGUGAAAGACAUUGUUUAUCCCAACAUAGAAGAAUCUCAUUGGUUGUCCAGUUUGGAGUCUACUCACUGGUUAGAACAUAUCAAGCUUGUACUGACAGGUGCCAUUCAAGUUGCAGACAAAGUUUCUUCAGGGAAGAGCUCAGUUCUUGUGCACUGCAGUGAUGGAUGGGACAGGACUGCUCAGCUGACAUCCCUGGCCAUGCUGAUGCUGGACAGUUUCUAUAGGAGUAUUGAAGGUUUUGAGAUAUUGGUACAGAAAGAGUGGAUAAGUUUUGGACAUAAAUUCGCAUCUAGAAUUGGUCAUGGUGAUAAAAACUAUGCUGAUGCUGACCGAUCUCCUAUUUUUCUUCAGUUUAUUGACUGUGUGUGGCAGAUGUCAAAACAGUUCCCCACAGCUUUUGAGUUCAAUGAACACUUUCUGAUUACGAUUUUGGAUCAUCUGUAUAGCUGUCGAUUUGGUACUUUCUUAUUCAACUGUGAAUUGGCUCGAGAAAGACAGAAACUUACAGAAAGAACAGUUUCUGUAUGGUCGCUAAUUAACAGCAAUAAAGACAAAUUCAAAAAUCCUUUCUAUACAAAAGAAAUCAAUCGGGUUUUAUAUCCAGUUGCCAGUAUGCGCCAUUUGGAACUGUGGGUGAAUUAUUACAUUCGAUGGAAUCCCAGAAUCAAACAACAACCUGGCAUUGUCAUUUUGAAAUCUCUGCUGCUCGAGUGA